AUGUGGAGGACGGUGUCCAAGGCCAACAUCCAGCUGCUGAGGGGCGAGCAGCUCCGCGUGUCCCUCGUCACCCGGGCGCAGCCCUCCGGGGAGGUCCAUGGCCGCAUCCUCAAGCACCGGGCGUUCUUCGCAGAGACCUUCGGUGCCAUCCUGACCUCAUCGGACCCCACGCACCUGGGCACUGGGGGCAUGGCCAUGCUGACGCUGAGUGACGCCGAGAACAACCUGCACUUCAUCCUGAUGGCGCGGGGGCUGCUGGAGCCCGUCUGCGCCUUGCAGUGCCAGCAGUUCCUCGUCUCCAAGGUGGGUGAGGACUGGGUCUUCCUCAUCCUCCUGGGGCUGGUCAUGGCACUGGUCAGCUGGGCCAUGGACUUUGCCAUCGCCACCUGUCUGCAAGCCCAGAAGUGGAUGUACGGGGGCCUGGACACCAAUGUGAUGCUGCAGUACCUGGCCUGGGUCACCUACCCCACUGUGCUCAUCACCUUCUCGGCCGGCUUCACCCAGAUCCUCGCCCCCCAGGCCGUGGGCUCGGGGAUCCCUGAGAUGAAGACCAUCCUGCGGGGCGUCGUGCUGAAGGAGUACCUCACCCUAAAGACCUUUUUGGCCAAAGCGAUCGGACUGACGUGUGCUCUGGGCAGCGGCAUGCCCCUGGGCAAGGAGGGGCCCUUCGUCCACAUCGCCAGCAUGUGUGCGUCCCUGCUCAGCCGAUUCCUCUCCCUCUUCGGGGGCAUCUACGAGACGAUCACGGCGCUGUUCAAGACCCGCUUCCGCCUCGACUUCCCCUUCGACCUGCAGGAGCUGCCCGCCUUUGCUGUCAUCGGGAUCGCCAGCGGCUUCGGUGGCGCGCUCUUCGUCUACCUCAACCGUAAGAUCGUGCAGUUCAUGCGCCGCCAGAAGACCAUCAACCGCUUCCUCAUGAAGAAGCGCCUGCUCUUCCCUGCCCUGGUGACUCUGCUUAUCUCCACUCUGACAUUUCCACCUGGCUUCGGACAGUUCAUGGCUGGCCAGGGACCUCUCACCCAGAAGGACACCCUGGUAACACUCUUCGACAACCAGACAUGGGCCAAGCAGGGUGUCAGCGAUGAGUUUGAAUACUUGGGCAUCCUGGAGGCCUGGCACCACCCCCGCUCCAAUGUCUUCAUCACCCUUGUGGUCUUCAUCCUCAUGAAGGUGGGUGCCUCUUGACCCUGCCAGCCCCAAGGUGCCACCAGGAGGUUCUGGGGAGGGGGUCCUGGGUGCCACCAGCGAGGUGCCGGAUGGUUGCCAGCAAGGUGGCACCAGGAAGCACCCCCAUAUGUCCUGGGGAUGGGUGCAGGGGCGGCUGCACUGUCAGGCGCUGUCACCCACACCGUGUCCACGGCUGUCAUCGUCUUCGAGCUGACGGGGCAGAUUUCGCACAUCCUGCCUGUCAUGAUUGCCGUCAUCCUGGCCAAUGCCGUGGCCCAGAGCCUCCAGCCCUCGCUCUACGACAGCAUCAUCCGCAUCAAGAAGCUGCCCUACCUCCCCGAGCUGGGCUGGGGCCACCACGAGAAAUACAACGUGCGGGUGGAGGACAUCAUGGUGCGGGACAUCCGCUACGUCACCCUCAACUGCAAGUACCGGGACCUGCAGCACGUCCUGCAGAGCACCAAGAUGAAGAGCCUGCCGCUGGUGGAGUCGGCCGAGUCCAUGAUCCUGCUGGGCUCCAUCGAGCGGGCACAGGUGGGGGCCCUGCUCAGCCACCAGCUCAGCCCCCAGCGCCGGCUCCAGGCCCUGCAGCAGAAGGCGCUGGCCGAGGACGGGCACGCCCAGGGCAUGGCCUAUCACAAGGCCAAACACGUCCGCAUUUCCAUCGUGGAGGAGAUGGACCUGGGUGAGAAGAUGUCCCCGUCGGAGGUGAGCGGAGAGUAG